GAUCGCGUUCGACGUCCAGGAGGCUGGGGCUGGCAAGAAGAGCGCCGAGGCUAUCAACUGCGAGUUCGUGGACGUGGCCAAGCGGUCGCCCACGCGCAGCCCGAGCGGCCGCCGCGGGGACGCGGAGCGGCCCAGGCAGGCCGUCGAGUUCCGCGCCGGGGACUGGCAGUGCCCCAAGUGCGGCGACCACAACUUCGCCCGGAACACGGAGUGCAGGAAGUGCUCCUGCCCGAAGCCCUCGGGCAGCGGCAGGGACGGCCGCAGCCGCAGCCGGGGCAGGGGCGGCCGCAGCCGCAGCCGCAGCCGGCGCAGGGGCGACCGGAGCCGCAGCCGCAGCCGGCGCAGGAGCCCCAGCCGCCGCCGCAGCCCCAGCCGCCGCCGCCGCAGCCCCAGCCGCAGCCGGAGCCGCAGCGGCAGGUGA